GUCAUCUGACUUCCGGAAUUCUUUUGUGGUCUUAUAUUGAUGAACGUGUUUUGCUUUAGGUUAAAAACAUCGGGUCGUUAUAGACGUGAUGAAGAUAAGUGGGUGCAACGAGAGGGUGAACGUUAUAGCAAAGCGGAAGAUAUGAGUCAUUUUCUUGGGAGAAGGGUGUCUCUCUUGUGAAGUGAGAAGUUUUAAGAAUUCAUGUGAAAAUGGAAUCUGAGCCGCCAGUUGUAGAUGCUCCCACGGAGGAAGAAAAAGUACUGCCGGCGGCUGUCAGAGCCAAAAUAGAGCGCAACCGACAAAGGGCAUUGAUGCUCAGACAGGCAAGACUGGCCAGCAGACCCUACCCCACUGGCGAAGGGAUUUCUGCAAUAAAAGCGCAUGCAAAGGUGGUGGAUUCAGGAGGAGGAUUCUUUAUAGAAGAAGAGGAAGCAGAAGAGAAGAGUGUUGAAAAUGUAAUCCAUCAACCAGGACCUGUUCUGGAAUUUGAUUACCUGAUUUGUGAGGAAUGUGGCAAAGAAUACAUGGAUUCCUAUUUAAGCAAUCACUUCGACUUAUCCGUGUGUGACAACUGCAGGGACACAGAAGAAAAACAUAAGCUUAUAACGCGUACAGAAGCAAAACAGGAGUAUCUACUGAAAGACUGCGACCUUGACAAGCGGGAGCCUGUGCUGAAAUAUAUUUUAAGAAAGAACCCUCACAAUUCACAUUGGGGAGAUAUGAAGCUUUACUUAAAACUGCAGGUAAUUAAACGUUCCCUAGAAAUAUGGGGUACUGAGGAAGCUUUGGAGGAUGCAAAAGAGAACAGACAACAAAACCGAGACAAAAUUAACCAAAAGAAAUUGGAUAAAAAAGUCAAAGAACUAAGACGUGCUGUCCGGAGCAGCUUGUGGAAGAAAGACACCAGUGGUCAUCAGCAUGAAUAUGGUCCAGAAGAAAAUAUUGAAGAAGAUAUGUAUAGAAAAAAAUGCAUAACAUGUGGACAUGAGCUUAAUUAUGAAAAGAUGUGAUGUUUUCUAAACAAAAUAGACUUUUAUGAAAUUUUGUAAUUAAAUAAAUCCUGCAAUUGUCUUUGUA